AUGGGUAUAAUGGUAUAUGAAGUGAAUCUGAUGAGGGGUGAAAAAGUUAUGUGUGAAAUUGUGCUUAUAGAGGCACGUUUAGCAGAUCUUCUGGGAUCGGAGAAAAAAAAGAAAAGAGAGAAGAAUAUUAUGUCUACAGUGGUUCAAGGAGCAGAUGAUGUUUUCCCAGUAUUGAAGGAUAAGGAUUUACGUGAGUUUUUGACGAAUAUUUUGAGAUUUUUCGGUGCACUGGAGACACAGCAUGAAAAACUGCACGCCCGUUCUGUUUUGAGCUAUGUAUGUUUUUUGAUGAAGGAUUAUAAACGUGCUUUGGACACGAUAAGCCCGUACUGUGAGACGUCGUCACUUAUAGAGAGUUCAGGAUAUUGUUUGUUUAAUGUGAUCAAGGGAUAUGCAAUCAAAGGUCUUUCGUAUGAAUGCAUGUCUGAGUUAUCUUUGGCUUCUGAAACAUAUCAUUCAGUGAUUUCUGCAUUAACGCAGGUAAAACAAGAGAAGCUUCCUACAUCUUAUGAAUGGCUCGACAUUAUUUAUUACAGAUGUGCGAUUUUGCAGCUGAAUUCUGCUUCAUAUACUAUAAUGAAGUCGGAUUCUUUGACUAAAAUUAUAUCUUGUAUUAAGGAUGUUUUAUAUUUGACGGCUGUUUAUCGUUUAUAUUUUUUGCUGCUUUCUGAAUUGUUGAAUAAAAUUGUCUUACGUGAUAAAAUUCGAACUGAUCCUUUAAAGUCAAAUUCAGAGGAUUCUAUUCAGUCUAAUUUUUCCUUGAAUGACUUAAAAUCUCAUGUUUAUAGAGUACAAACUGUUUAUGAAAAGUUAUUAAUGCAGGUUAUUGGUUUUCCUAAAGCAGGACAAUUAAAUGGUGUUAUCUUGGAAUAUGCGGAUUGGGCUAUUCAAAAUUGGAGAAGUAUAAGGAAGGAAUUGGAUUAUUCAGAAAAGAUUCUUGAGACGAUUUAUAACUCCAUUAGUAAAACAUAUAAGUCUCAUCGUCUUAUACGGUAUUUAAUGGAAGUUUUGAUUUUUAUUGGAAAUUAUGAUGAAGCACAAAGAGCAUUCGAUUUAUACGUUGAGUUGGUUGAAAGAUCUAGGCUUUCACCUUUUCGUAAAGAGAUUUUGGCCCGUCGAGAUCAAUUAAUAGAACAAGAUACUGGCCAAGAUUUUGACGAUGAUAUUACAAUUGUGGAAACUUAUGUAAAAGGAAUAAAAUUAGGCAUCGUUUAUUUUCAAGAUUUCGAGAAGGCAAUGGUAACCGUAAAAAAGCUGUUUAAUGCAUUAGAUACAUGGGAGCUUCCAAAAAAUGACAAAAUAAUGGCUGAUGCAUGGGAAGCAAUAGGAAUGACAUAUAGUUGCCAAUCCAUAAAAACACAUGAAGCCUCAGAGAGGCCAAAUAUUCAGCAAGAUGCUGUUAAUGCUUUUCGAAAGUCUUUAAAAUAUGACUCUAAUAAUAAUUCUACUUUGUAUCAUCUAGCAUUUCAAUAUGCUGAACAACGGGAAAUAAUGGAUGCUAUUUCGACAAUUAAACAUGUCGUUUCUCAAAAAUACAAUUUAUAUCAGUCUUUGCAUCUUCUUUCUCUUUUACUUUCUGCUAAAUGUGAAUACGAUCAAGCUAUUCAAGUUUGUGAAGCUGCAAUUCAAAUAUCAGGUGUUGAAGAUACAGAGAAUCGCCCAAUUUUUGAUUAUAAAGAUCGUGAAUGUCUUGUUGAAAUAAAACUUACUCUAUGUGCACUUAUAGAAGCAAAAAAUGGUAUAAAUGUUGCUAUUGAAAUGCAUAGAGAUAUUUUUCCUUUCUAUGCAAAAGUAUUUGAGGUAGAUGAGUUUUCUUUUCCUGCUUUUGAUUUAUCAGAAACAAAAAUACCUUUAGAGACUUUUUCUUCUCUAGUUCUCCCUGAGAAUAAAGAAACUGUUGCAAAGUUAUGUGAUGAAUCACAAUCAUCUCAUUUUCUUUUUCAAAAAAAGAAAUAUAGUAUGAGUCAAAUGUCAUUGCUUAAUGCUUCAAAAAGGUCGAUUUCUUUAUGUUCUUCAAUUAGUAAUAUGAACGAAUUCUACACUCCUAGAUCGAAAAAUAAAUAUUUAUAUUCAAAUCAUUCUGAUUCAAAUAUUUUUAGAAUGAGACGUGUUUUUUCUUCGGAUGUUUUGUUUCAGCAAAAGGCUACUCUUUUUAAGCCUCCUAAGUCUCAGAAUUAUUUAAAAAAUGAGCAAAAAGAAAUAUCCAGGCGUUGUUUGAGAAAAAUUUGGCUAAUUUCUGCUUCUCUAUAUUGUCGUGCUUCUAAAUGGGUUAAUUCUCAGUUAUCUCUUAAAGAGGCAGAAAAAAAUGGUAUGUUUCAUCCUGAUGUUCAUACUCAAUGGGGGAUUUUAUAUUAUUAUUUAAAUAAAUUGGAUGAUGCUAUUAGAAGAUUUGAAUGGGCUUUGUUAGAAGAUCAUGACCAUAUAAAUGCGAAUAUUGGAUUAAGUAAAGUUUUUUUGGAUUUUCAAGGGGAAAUGCAUGAAUGUUAUGUAGAUAGGGCAGAACAAAUGUUAGAUAUGGUAACUAAACUUUCUGGUUGGGAUUUGUCAGAAGCAUGGCUUUUGUUAGGUGAAGCCUGGGAAAAAAUGAAUGAUUUAGAAAAUGCUAAAAAGGCAUAUUGGUAUGCUGUAGAAUUAGAAAAUACAAGACCAGUAAGGCAUUGGAGAAAUGUUUCUCCGAGAUUUAUAGCAUAA